UGGGUCUUAUAGGAUCACUGGGGGCGGGGGGGGGGGUUGCAGAGCUUAAUCUGUGAUCUGCAAGCAAGGUGAGAACAAAAGCUCUGUCUCUUUAAGGAACAACUUUCCCCAUUCAGCUAUGCUCCCCCACCUUCCAAAUCCCUUCCUCUGAUUUCUACAUAAACCGGUCAAGGAGGGAUGCGGAGUAAUUUGCUUUAGGGUGAAGAGGAGAAACGCUGAACUCCCAAACCAUGAGGGAAUGUAUCUCCAUUCACAUUGGCCAGGCUGGAGUUCAGAUGGGAAAUGCAUGCUGGGAACUCUACUGCUUGGAGCAUGGGAUCCAGCCGGAUGGGCGGAUUAUCAACAACCAGGCUGCUGGAAUGGAUUCUUCCUUCGGGACGUUCUUCAACGAGACAGGAUUGGGCAAGCACGUCCCCAGGGCCUUAUUUGUCGACCUUGAACCUUCUGUCAUCGAUGAGAUCCGGACCGGCACCUACCGCACCUUGUUUCACCCUGAGCAACUCAUCACCGGCAAGGAGGACGCAGCCAACAACUAUGCCCGCGGCCACUACACCAUCGGGAAAGAGAUCAUACAGCCUGUGAUCGAUAGAGCCCGGAAGAUGGCUGACCAAUGCGAUGGCCUCCAGGGCUUCCUGGUCUUCCACAGCUUUGGUGGAGGUACAGGAUCUGGCUUCACGUCGCUUUUGAUGGGGCAGCUCUCGAUCGAGUUCGGGAAGAAAGCCAAGCUCGAGUUUUCCAUCUACCCUGCCCCCCGGAUCUCUACAGCGGUGGUGGAGCCCUACAACUCCAUUCUGACCACGCACACCACGCUGGAGCACUCGGACUGCUCCUUCAUGGUGGACAACGAGGCCAUCUAUGACAUCUGCAACCGGAACCUCAAUGUUGAGUGUCCAACCUACACCAACCUGAACAGGCUGAUCAGCCAGAUCGUAUCAUCCAUCACCGCUUCCUUGAGAUUUGAUGGUGCUUUGAAUGUUGACCUUACCGAGUUCCAGACCAACCUGGUGCCUUAUCCCAGGAUCCACUUCCCGUUGACGACCUACGCCCCCAUAAUCUCUGCCGAAAAGGCCUAUCACGAGCAACUCUCGGUGCCGGAGAUCACCAACACCUGCUUCGAGUUCGCCAACCAGAUGGUGAAAUGUGACCCUCGGCGGGGGAAGUACAUGGCGUGUUGUCUCCUCUACCGAGGGGACGUGGUGCCCAAAGACGUCAACGCGGCGAUCGCGGCCAUUAAGACCCGGCGGUCCAUCCAGUUUGUGGACUGGUGCCCGACCGGCUUCAAGGUGGGCAUCAACUACCAGCCCCCCACAGUGGUGCCUGGAGGGGAUCUGGCGAAGGUGCAGCGCGCCGUCUGCAUGCUGAGCAACACGACGGCCAUCGCAGAGGCCUGGGCCCGGCUGGAUCACAAGUUUGACCUGAUGUAUGCCAAGCGGGCCUUUGUGCACUGGUACGUGGGGGAGGGCAUGGAGGAAGGGGAGUUCUCUGAAGCCCGGGAGGACAUGGCUGCUCUGGAGAAGGAUUACGAAGAAGUGGGGAGGGAUUCCGCGGAUGACGAAGAAGAGGAUGAAUAUGACGAGUAUUGAGCCCUGCAAGGCAAAUGCAACUCUGGGAUCAGAUGGCUGUCUGCUUCAUGGAGUGUAGCUGCGAGAAAUAAAGCACCCUUAUUUAAAAAAACAAAUGUGGCAAAUAAAAAGAAUGAAAUGA